AUGUCUACCAACGCAGCUUGCAUCUUCUGCAAGAUCGUCAAAGGAGAGAUUCCCUCCCUCAAGCUGUUCGAGUCCUCCUCCGUCUUCGCCUUCCUCGACAUCCAGCCUCUCAGCCGCGGCCAUGCUCUAGUAAUACCCAAACACCACGCCCCAACCCUCACCACACUCCCCGACGAGCACCUCAGUGAGAUCCUCCCAGUAGUGAAGAAGCUAGCCAUCGCCUCCGGCGCCGAGAACUUCAACGUUCUACAGAAUAAUGGGAGGAUAGCACAUCAACAGGUCGACCAUGUGCAUUUCCACAUGAUACCCAAGCCGAAUGAGAAGGAGGGUUUGGGAGUGGGAUGGCCUGCGGGAGCGACGGACAUGGAGAAGUUGAAGGAGCUGCAUCAGGAGAUGCAGGCAAAGCUAUGA